AUGGUAACUGAAAUGUCUGAAAGUAAAAAUCUUCUGAAUAGUAAAUCUGAAUUAUCAAGCGAGGAGAAGUUUGAAAUUCUCGUAUUCGAUGUGCUCUAUAAUUCGGCAGUGGCUCAACCCCCACUGAUUCCAGAUAAGUCCCAGAUUGUCCUGGUAGACAAGAUUCGCAUUGCAGCAUUGAAUGAAAGUUCUUCUGAUGGAAGUGACUCGAGCUCAUCAGAAGCUCUUACUAAAGAGGCAAAGGAAGCUGAAGUAUUUGGAUGGUACAAUAAAGCUUUGGUUUUACAGAGACAAGGAAACAUAUUUGAUUCUGAGUCAACAUUUCUUCAGAUUAUAGAUCAUCCUUUUCUUGAUGAGGCUAAAGAACUGAUAGAAAAUGAAGUUGAAGGAGCUAUACAUCCAGGUCUUGCCCUCUUGUACUCAGUUCAUAAAAAUCUGGCAGGUAUCGCUUUAAGUAGACAAGAUGAGAAAACAGCCUUACAACAUUAUUUAGAGGCUGUUAAGAUAGAUGAAAGUGAAGUGACAGUAUGGUUUAAGAUUGGUAAAAUAGCCGUUAAUGAACAUAAUUACUCAUUAGCUAAAUUAGCUUUUGAACAGGGAUUGGUGUGUAAUCCUAACCACUGGCCAUGUCUAGAUAGAAUUGUAACUAUAACUUAUGCUUAUAAUAACAUGUGGAAUUGUUUAGAAUAUAUAGCUAAAAGUCUAGAGUUAGAUUCUAGUUAUGGCAAGGGAUUAGCUAUAAGAGAUCAGAUAUUUAAGGAACAACCAGAGUUAAAGUCUAUGUCCAAGCGACUAUUCUCUUUAUGUGAUCCUGUUGUUGAACGUAACAAAUGUGAGAAGAAGGAAGCUGAAGAGUAUAUCAAGGAAGCUAUAAAUAUAAGAGAUAAAAGGCGAGAAUUAGCUAAACCUCAGCCCCCUCCAGUUAUUAAGCUACCAGAAAAAAUAGAUAAGUACACUUGGAAGAGAGUUGGAGAAUGUUUGGUAUCACUGAUUAAUUAUGCGUUGGAACCAAAUCGUUCUGUAAGUUUGUGUCUGCCUAUUGAUAUGAGUGAUUAUGAGAAUGUUCUAGAACAGCCAAUGGAAACAGAUGUCCCUAAAAAAGAGGUUUCUGACAAAGAAGACACCAAGAUGGAGUCUAAUACUAUUAAACAGGACAAGGUAGAAAGUGCUUGCUCAGUGACUUCCAAAGCAGAUGCUGAAAAUAAAUCUUUGGAAACAAAAGAACCGAAAGAUAUUGAAAAGCCUGGACCAGAUGAAACUACUGCAAUAGAAACCAAGCCGGAUCUUGAUACGAGUUUUACUGAAUCCAGUCAAGACUCUGAUGCAGAAAUGACAGAGUUAACAGAACAGAGUAGCAGUGAAAGUGUGGUGAUUUUAGAUCUCGAACAGGAUGUAGACAGCCAGAAAUCAGCCAACACAGUUAGUAAUGGUCCAGCAGCAGAAGUCAAAACAUCUUCUUCUGACAGUCAGGUUUCUUCUUCCACAAAUGUUGUUGCUACCAGUCUUCCAUCAUCACAAUUAACAGAGGCUGGGACCACAAGUCAAGUAACAACAGUUGACAGUGAAGCAGCAGAUAGCCAGUCAUCUCAGAAAAUUGAAACAGAUGAUCCAAUGUCAUCUCAAGUUAAAAUAUCCAGUAGUCAAUCCUCGUUCAAAGAAGACAGCAAAGUAUCUUCACAAAUGGAAAGUCAACCUGUUUCCCAGGUAUCAGAUGUAGAGAUGACAGCUUCCAAUAUUCUUGCUCAGGUAGCAGCAAAAGUAGCAGCUGAUUCAUCAGUAACAACACCUGCAGAUUCUCAACAGUCAUCACAGAUGUCUACCACACAAGAAUCAUCUAAUACCCAAACAACAAACCAAGACAAUGUAGACUCAGACUGUGUUGUGGUAGAGGUGUCCACUGAAAAUCAAUCAAUAUUUCCCAAGGCAGCUGAAAAGACAGAUGCAGAAAUCUCCUCAUCUGCAAAUAAAAGCAGCUCCCAGCAAAAACCAAAGACCAGUAGUAUAUUGGCUAAUAUGAUUGUUGGUGAUUUCCUUCCUGCAGAAGAUGUUGUUCAGGAUUUUGAUUAUGGAAGUUUGUUUAAAGAUAAUGAAGCUAAACCUGGUACCCCAACCUCCCGGAAUGAUCUGAAUAAAAAACGUAAAAGGUUAUAUUUAGAUGAUAGAUAUGGUAAUAAAAGACGAUCUGCUAGAGUAAAACAUACCAAAGAUCAAAAACAAGAAGAAAGUGUCAACUUUCAGGAAUUGUUACAGAAAUUUUUACCAUCAAGUUUAGUUCAAAAUGAUGAAGAAGAUGAUGAAGAAAUGAGAAGUGAUGAAACUGAAUCAGAACAAGAAACAAAUAAAAAAGAUGUUGUAGUAAAAACUGAAGAUGUAGAAUAUUUAAAAACAACAGAAGAUAAAGAUGUUAGAGAAUUUAUAAAAUCUUGUAUUAAAAAUGGUGGUAUUGUUCAUCUCUGUAUAAAAUAUCUAAUAACUCUGGCUCAUCAAGACCAUAAAAUAUGGCAAGAAGAAGUACAUAAAUCAUUUCUAGAUGUAUUUAAAACUUUAAGACCAAUCACAUCUUUUCCUGAUCUCUUCAGUGAAAGUAUACCCAUAGACAUGAAGUAUGAUUUUUCAAAAAUUGGUCUAGUGGGAUGCGAAUUACUCUUAGAUGAAUAUGUUAGAAUUAAUGGCUCAUUGGAAAAGGAUGUGUUAUCUAGAGAUGAAAUAGAAGAUAUAUUCAGUAGAUAUUUAAGAGAAGAUUUAUGGUAUAUUUUAUUCUGUAUUGGAUUUCCCACUGUAAUUCAAGAUAGUCCUUCCUACUGUAUAAGAGUACAUUGGUUACGAGGAAGAUUUUAUCUAUUACAAGGUGAUAUUGAACAGGCUGUUGUUUGUUUUGAACAGGUUUUAUAUUAUCUUAAAGAACUAGAAGAGAAAGAGUCCAAGUUAUUUAUUAAACUACAAAAUUGUCAUUCUGAUCAGCUCAUUACACCAGAAAAAGUUACUAAUAGAAAAGACAAUGUACAGAGAAGUCAUUCAUUAGGUCAAACACAGAAACUAUUUGAAUCUGAAUCAUAUGAUAAAGUUAUAGAUACCUUAUUAAAGACAUUUGAAGAGUCUCGUAAUAAGGUUCCACAAUCUUCUGUAGCUCCCAGUGAAAGACAUAGUCAAAUCAAACUUUUACAGAAAGCUUUAUUUAAAGAUGGAGAUAUGCAGAAAUGUAUUUUAUGGGGUGAAGUCUGUUAUAGUGAGGCAUUACAUUAUUAUCGUAAAGCAGCUACCCCAACACAACGUGAAGAAUGGGCCAAAACUAUGGUGGAAGUUCUUAACUCUUUAAAUAAGGCAUUUGAAAAAGAUGUAACUGCUAGUAAAGGUUUACCAUCCUUCAAUAAAAUAAGAUUUAGUGAGAAUUUAAUCAAGAUUAUAGAGACAAUGAUGGAUGUUUCACCCAAUGUUACUGAGAUGCCAGUAGGAACUGUCAUACCAUGGUUAUUGUUAUAUAGACUUAUACACCAUGAAGAGGUGAAGCUACAUUCUAUGAUAGCUAGUCAAUCUAAAGAUCAAGCUGAUGUUUUAGAAGGAGCUAUAAGUACUUCUUUAAUGUUGUUAAGUGUUGCUCAUGAAUAUCUAGGAAGACAUUCAUGGUGUACGAAGAAUAAUGGUGCAGUAUUAUUAUUAUUUCUUAAAGUAUUACGUAAAGAAAGAAACAAGAGUAAAUUGUCAGCCAGUUUAAAAGAAGAGUUAGAUGUGGCUUUUGAACAAUGCAUUUACUGUCUUUACGGUCAUCCUAAUAAAAAAUCCAAAAGUAGAAGAUUGCACGAUCACAAUUCACCUCCAAUCUCUCUGACAUGGACAAGAGCUCAAGCAGUAUUUGAAUAUUAUAAACCCUCAACUGUACCAGAGUUUGAUAGUUAUAAAACUAGUACAGUAUCAACAGAGCUGGAAGGAUUAUUAAGAAGGGUUUUUGUAUUAGUACCAGAAGAAUUAGGAGGAGCUGGUAAAGUUGAUACUGUAGUUAAAUAUAUAGAUGGAGAUGUUAAUACACCACCAAGUUUUGAAACUGACAAUCUGGUGUUAAAAGAACUCUAUUAUUUGUUAGCUGAUUAUUAUUUCAAAAACAAGGAAACUUCGAAAGCUAUCCGAUUUUAUCAAUGUGAUUUGUGUGUAAAUCCAAAGAGAUUAGAUUCUUGGGCUGGAACAGCUUUAGCUAGGAUGAGUCAACUAGAACAAAAGCUGAAUUCGAUGGAAUUAAAACUGGACAUGCCAAUCCACAAAAAAGCAAUUGCUGCUUUAAGAUGUUUCAAGAGAGCUGUAGAGAUUAAUGAUACAACUAGAACAUUGUGGAUAGAAUACGGUUCAUUAGCUUAUCAACUUCACUCUCAUUCUUCACGUCAGCUAAAACUGAAGGACUGGUUCUCAUUAGAUCAAGAAUUACUGCAGAUUGUCAAUGAUAUGAAACCAGAGAUGUUACAGAUAGCUAGAAAUUGUUACUGGAAAGCCAGUGAAUGUGAAGCCGACGGUAGUGAAGAAGAGUGGUUACAUCACUAUAUGAUGGGAAAGAUCAAAGAGAAGAAAAGAGCCCAUCCUAAAGAUUAUUUAGAACACUAUAGACAGGCAGCAAUAUACUUACAUGAAGAUGAAGCAGUUUAUCCUAAGAAAAUAGUGUUUUCUCACAGUCCACCCCAUCUUGCUAUAGAAGCUUUGGAGGUGUUUUAUAGACUUCAUGCCACCAUACUAAAACAUCUUAUUAGAGAUGAUGGGACACAUGACUAUAAAUUAUUUGAAGAAUACAUCACUGAAGCAGCCAACAGUCCUUUUGCUAAAGGGCGAGAAAAAAGACAGGAAAGAAGAGAAUCGACAAAUGAAGACAGUUCCUCAAAUUCUGCUUACUGCUUCUCAAAACAGAAACCAGUUUAUCAUAUGACACCUCAAGACCAUACUUACUCUAAACUAAUGAGUAGUUCCUCAGGUUCUGAUACAGAUAAUAAUAGCUCUUCUUUGGUUGAGAACCCUGGUUCUAACAAAGCAGGUAAAGAGAGUACAGAGUCUGUUGAGAAACCAAUCAAAUUAGAAAAGCAGACCACAGAACCGUUUGUGCCUUCUGCUGCAUUUGAUGGUGCUGAAGGAGCAGGUUCAGAACAACCUGAGAAAAUGGACACCAGUGACAAUCAAUUUACUAAAGAAGUCGGUGGAAUGAGUAUGGAAACUGCCAAAGAAGCACCAAGUUUUUACUCAGAAAUGAGUCCAAAAUCUGAAACUACUGUUACUGACAAGACAGAAAAGGAGAAUAUUAGUGCAAAACCUGACACAGACAAAUCUGAAAAUCCCAAAAUGGAUAACUCUAAAUCUGACAAUAUUAAUGUGGACAACUCUAAAUCAGAAAAUUCAAAUGUGGAUGAUUGUAAAGCAGAAAAUUCAAAUGUGGAUGACUCUAAAUCUGAAAAUCAAAAUGUUUUUGUCUCUGAAUGUAAAAAGUCUGCCCCAAAAGGGGACAACUCUAAAUCUGAAAAUUCAAACAAAGAUGAAACACAAUGUGAAAGUGCUGCAGCUUCAAAAACUGAGGAAGACAUGGUCAUUGACCUGACUGAAAGUGAUGAGGAUCUUUCAAAGAAAACAUGUCUCUAUCCUGAUCAAAGAGUAGAUUUAAAAACGCAUUCCAAUACUCCAAAGACUGAUUCUGAAAGGAAAAUUCAGGAUAAACCAAAAGAUGAUGCAGAAGCUCAAGUAGUUGAUCCUGAAGUAAAACGGAAAGAACUAAUAUCAAGUUGUAUGAAAACAUUAAAUAUGUGUUUAUCCAGAUUUCCUAAUCAUUAUAAAUCAGUUUACAGAUUAGCAUAUGCGUAUACUUACUCUAAAAAUCACAAGAAUCUACAGUUUGCCAGAGAUCUGUUAUUAGGAACCAACCAUUGGCAGAAAACAGAUCAUAUGUCAUCUCCAGGAUUAUUUCAUGAGAGGAAAACAGCAAAUUUCUUUCAGGGUAUAUGGAAAAUACCAGUACAAGAAAUAGAUAGAGCUGGUAGUUUUGCUAGUCAUAUGAAUAAAGCUAUAUGUUUGUUGUUAGAUAUAUUAAAAGAAUUAAAUGACAAUAGAAUGCUGUAUAAUGUACAUGUUCAACUACUUAGAGUUCCAGAUUCUGGCAAGAAAUUUCUGCGAGAUAGUGAAAGAAUCUAUUUAUGGAAACAAGCCUAUAAAAAUACAAUCGAUGUCCUAAUGAAUAAAUGUGAUCAGUUAGACAAGGAGAACAAUGAAGAAAAGAGAUUGUCAUUUUUAAUGGAUGUUUAUAAAGUUUGGCAUCAUGGUGUACAUAAGAUAAACAAACUCACAGAAUUGACCAAUAAAUUGUUCAUAAGAACUUAUAGAUUGGCCAGGAGAGAUAAGGUUGACAACAAUAUAGCAGUUAUAGAACAAGCUAGUAAAUUUUGUCAACAGAGACAAAAUCAAACUAAAUUACCUCAGAUCCCUCACAGACCUGCGCUUACCUUAUUUAAACCACAAGAAAGUCAGUCAGACUCUUCCUUAUUUUCCCCAUCCAAAUCAGACAAAGAGAGCAUAUUCUUCUCACCACCACCCAAGAGAGUAUCAGGACUGAGCACCUGUAGCUCUCCUGUACCCAACUCACCUUCUACACCAAGCCUGUCUAGCAGUAGAUAUAUUGCUACACCAGAAACACCAACUGGUAGUUACUUAUCUUCACCUGUCAGUUCCAAAAGUCUUUUAGCAUCAAAUCUUGGAAAAUCGGAUACAUCUAAUGUGAAACCACAAUCACAUGCUACAGGACAGCUUAUGUCGUCUAAAACUACAGAGCAAGGGGAUAAAGGUAAAUCUGAUGGUACUUCUAAAUCAGCUUUAAAGAUUGCUGAACCAAUGAAGAAUAUAUUGAUGCAGGCAGUAACUAAUGUUAAAAAGGAUGUCAAACCAUCGUCAACAGCUGUUGCCCCUACCAAAAGCCUCCCACUGUUUUCAACAAAGCAAAGCACUGCUUCAGUUGAGCCAUCACAGAAGUUCAUGGUUUCAAAAGGGACUGUGUCUUUGCUGAAUCAAUCUCUGGCACAUGCUGCUACUACAGCCAAGGCUCAAAACAAACCAAUCCCAAAACAAAUCCCAAUUCAGGCUUCUAAGAAAACAAGCCAAGUAGCACAGCACCAGCCUAAUAAAUCUUCAGGAAGUAUCUCAAAUGUAAGAAGAACCUCAAAUCAGUCGAGUUCUCAAGCUAGAUCUCCCGUGGAAGAAGUCGAAACAUUAAUUGAAGCUCCUGUUGAUGCAGGAGAUGAUUUUUUGAUCAUGUCCAAUCCUGAUGAAUUGAUCCAAUCUUUUCUUGGUUAUCAUAACUUAUAA